AUGGGGCCCUGCCCAGAAGACCCCCAACUCUGCCGGGUCUCCUGGGCCUUGGGACUCGCCAGCCUCCUCCUCAGCUCCUGCAGUCCUGGAGCCCAGAGUUCUGCUGUGAAAGACCCUGGAGCCUACCUUCCUCUGAAGGGGAUCCGAGGAGGUUCUGUCUUGUUUCACCUGAGCAAGUUCCGGGCAGCUGAGCUGGAGCAGACGGAGUGGGGCGUUGGUCCUGAGUCAGACUUCAGAGUCUUCCUGCGAGUCCAUCGUGGGAAAGAAGAUGCUCCUACCUGGGUCAGCCUCCGGGACAAGUAUGAGCAGAGGGUCCACGUGCCCAGCAUGGCGUCCCUGAGGAUGGAGAACCUGACCCGUGAGGACAGUGGGCGGUACUGGGCUCGAGCUCAGUUAACAGGAGGCAGAGGAAGUGCCCAAGGUUUCCAGCUCACUGUCUAUGAGCCUGUGCCCCUUCCCCAGAUCCUGAUUGAGUCACUGUCCAUCGCACCAGGCUGGUGUAACGUCACCCUGGAGUGCAGGACCCCGGGGGACGGAGAGAACCUGAGUGUGACCUGGGAGAGCCAGGGCCUCCUCGGGGGUCUAGAGAGAAGGACCCCAUCAGGACCAGCCCCCAGCUCCUGGACCCUGGCUGUGAAACUGCCCCUGAGCCAGCCCCAUGCCAACCUCACCUGUGUGGUCAGCAACCCGGCGGACCAGAAGACUCACACCAAAGCCCUUGGGGAUGUGUGUGCCCCUGUGAGGGAAGCAGGUUCACAAGGAUCAAGUGCUUCCCUGCGAUGCAUCAUCCGGGCGGUCUUGGUUGUGCUGCUCCUCCUGGGCUCUGGCCUGUGCCUCUGGAAGACACACUGGAACACGGAGAAGAUGGAGCCGGCUACUAGUGAAUAACACACGGGAGAAAAAUGGAGUCUAAAUACUGUCCACAGUGAGGGCCACGUCCUGGUCCCCAGGCCACACCAUGAAGAUAAGACAUUGGAAUCUGCCUGCCUUUCUCCACUGCCAGCAUGGAACCUGGCCAUCCUCCACCCCUGAAGGGGAGGGCACUUCCACUCUACUCUGAUCCCCAUUCCCACAGACGCCCACCCCUUCCAACUCUGACCAGCUCCUGCUGCUUCUGGUCUGUGUUCCUCUGACCUGUGACCUCAGCUCAGCAAAGAAUGUAACUGGACUCCUGGAAUCUAUAAUAGAAACUAUUCUUUUUCUACUUCUUAGAAGGCCCCCUCAAAAAUGUUAUAUUCUUCAUCUUACAGGGCAAGUAACCAUUGUCCCCAAAAUAAUAGGUGGCAAAACAAAGCCUUAAAUCCAGCACUGGGGGAUUCUCUACAAGGUCCCUGAAGACCUUGGAAUCCUGGAGUGUUCACGGAACGCCCUCCAUUUUUUCCUCUCCCAAUGAGCCUGUCUCCGAUUCAGGUGCCCACCUUGGGCUGGCUCAUUGGUGAAGAAGUAGUGAUGGUUUGAAGAAGAUUCACCUAAAGGGACAAUGUGGCCUUGGUGGAUGGGGAGCUGUGGAAUGAAGAACCUGUGUUUUGGUCAGAUAGACAUUCAGAGAGAAGAUGCUUCUCCUUCUGUGGUUCCUUCCCAUCCAUGUAAGGGUUUUGCUGUCUGCAUCCUCAAACUGACUCCCCCUUCCAUACAAUUCGAAUCAGUUCAAUAAUCUUACAUCAGUUUUCCAUUUAGACUAUCAACAAUACUGUGAGGCACAAAUCCCUAUUGUAUGGGUAGGAAAAUAACAUCUAGAAUUGUUAAAUACACCCCCACUUGUUGGAGCCCCCUAAGGCAUGCAGCGCUGAGACAAGGAAGACAUCAAGGUCAUGGCUGUAAAGAUCCGGAUGUUCUUUCUGGUGUCUGUGAAACUAUGUCCUGGGGACAAACUAAAUCAGAAAAAGAAAUAGAAUAGCCUGAUUGCACAGAACCUUGGUGGUGAGUAUGUGCCCGGACAAGGCCAAAUGCUAAAAGAAUGCUUCAUUGUCUAGUAACUAACCUGGGGGAGGGGGCUGCUUGUAUCAAUAAAAACGAGUUGCACCGGGCACUCAGGACGCUUGAGCAUGAAUGUGAACCCUUGCAUCCCCUGGGUCCUGCUUCUCUUAAGCUCUG